ACACUGACACUCAGCUGUUACUAUAACGACUUCAUUUGUUUUCUCUUUCAGUUCUUGUUCAUUUCGAAGUGUGUUUACAGAGCAGAGAAACUAGAUUCCUUUAUGUCACUUUAUGAACAUAUUUAUGAGAGAGAUAAUCCAGAUAAGUUCAAAAAUGCAGUUUUCCCAAUCAUUUAAUCAUUUCAUUCAUGGAUGAAAUUUCUCCAGAUCAGCUCAUGUGCCUCGUUAACCUAAGAAAGAACCAUUUUUGCUCCCCAUGGCAGCAAAGAUUUCUAUCAGGUUUGUGUGAGACCUGACAUUGCUCUCUGCGAAGGAAAUUUGACCCGUUCUUCUUUGCAGAAUUGUAUUAAUUCAGCCACGUUAGCAGAUUUCAUAAUUUUGUUGCAUCUCAACAUGACAUGCAUUCCAACUUUGACUAGGCCACCUCAGAACCUUUGUUUUCUUUCUGCUCUUUCACUAACAUGCAUGGCUGUUGGUAUAAAUGCUUCCUGCAGUUUCACUCAACAACUAACAUUAUUAGUUGUUGAGUGUUAUUAUUGUCUUGUCGAUAUGCAGAAUUUUCCCAUCAGCCUCUGAGAUCAGCCAGAUGUUUUCUGUGUCUUUGUGUCAUUUUUGGUCAGUUGAGGGUUUGGUCUUGUAACUUUCCCUGGAAUGCAGUUUUUGACAAAUCUGCAGAGAUUGCUCUGAGUUUUUGGCGACACUUAAUCAUUUAUUGAUGCGCUCUUUGACUAUUAGCGGUAGGCCGCCUGCUCCACUGUUCCGUCUGUUCUUUAUUUCUGCAUCGUGGCGGCUCUCUGCAGUCACAAAGCAUUAGGAAUGGAUUUGUAACCUUUCCUGAACAGAUGAAUGUCUGUGACUUUAUCUCUCGUGUGGGCCUGUAUUUAUUUAGAUCGGGAACCCGAUGAGUUGCUAUUUAACAUCUUUUGACCAACUACAUGUUGUCAGACGAGGCCCGUGAGUGAUGUUUUUUAUUCCAAAGGUCAGAGACCUUUCAGAUUAUGACCAAGUUGAUCUAAUAUCGAUAUUCGUUUCAUGAUGUGGAACAUUUAAGUAUGACCAAUAAGCCAACUGAACAGAUGCUGGCAGAUACCUUUUUAUUGCCCUGGCUACCUUGUGACAGACUACUCCAUAAUAGGAAAGCAGCGCUAUAAAUAUCUGAUACGCAGCAUCAAACAAUCAAUGCAGCAAAGACGCAUCUUGAGUCAAAUGCUUCAUCAAAUCAAAUCAGUUUACUCUCAUGUUCUUGUUUACUUAAUGGUGUACAACUGAGCAAGACAGUUUCCCUGGGGUCUUCAAAUAUUAUUCAGAAAAAAGAAAAACUCUGAGGAGAUGAAAUACAAAAUCUAAACGGCAACGAUCAAAGUAAGGGUAAUAAUAUCACAGCGGUUUAUCAGCUUGAGGCGUAAAGCUGUGUUGCAGUCUUACGGUUCUGCUUUUGAUGCUAUGGUAUGUUUUUUUCUUCUUCUUCUUCUUUUUCUUGAUGGCAACAGUUCAGGGAGUUCAUGGUGAGGUUGUGAGACAGAGCUAAAUAAUACAUCACCGAUUUAUUGUCCAUUAUGUGCAACACUAAUAUGGGAUUUUACAAGGAUUGUUUGGAGAGCAGUAAGUGUUUAAUGUCAGCAGUUAAUUUUCUUGACUCGGAUGACUUGUCGCUAAAGGUCAUACAUAGAGAGGGUUUAAAACGGCUCAAGUUUAGGGAAAAGUCAAGAAGGAGUGGAUUUGUCACGACCGAUGUAUGGCAACAUUUAGCAACAACGUCGCCUUCACAAGAUUCUUUUUUUGUGAAAUAUCCCGAACUCCUAAUCGGAGGCGUUUCCGAGUCGUGUUCGAUCUGCGGCCAUGUUGACUCCGUUCAGGGAAAGUUCUUCGUCUUCAGAAGUGAAAUGACGCGGCGUCGUCCACUGCUGACAGAACCCAGCGAAGCGAUCCAAAUGGAGUUCACUUGUUUCAUCCGACGACCAAACUCUUCAUCAAUGGCAAGUUCGUUGAGUCCAGCUCGUCCGAGUGGCUGGACAUCCACAACCCUGCCACUAACGAAGUGGUGGGACGCGUUCCCAAAGCCACUCAGGCAGAGAUGCUGGCCGCCGUGGAUUCCUGCUCCAGAGCUUUCCGCUCCUGGUCCGAGACGUCCGUCCUCAGCAGGCAGCAGAUCUUCCUGCGCUACCAGCAGCUCAUCAAGGACAACAUUAAAGAACUGGCAAAGCUAAUCACCUUGGAGCAGGGCAAAACACUUGCAGACGCAGAGGGAGACGUGUUCAGAGGGCUCCAGGUGGUGGAGCACGCCUGCAGCAUCACCUCCCUCAUGCUGGGCGAAACCCUCCCCUCCAUCGCCAAGGACAUGGACACGUACACAUACCGCCUGCCCCUCGGCGUCUGCGCCGGCAUCGCGCCCUUCAACUUCCCCGCCAUGAUCCCCCUGUGGAUGUUCCCCGUCGGGAUGGUGUGCGGCAACACGUACCUGAUGAAGCCGUCCGAGCGCGUCCCAGGAUGCACCAUGCUUCUGGCCAAGCUGCUGCAGGACGCGGGCGCACCAGAUGGCACUCUGAACAUCAUCCAUGGGCAGCAUGCAGCUGUGAAUUUCAUCUGUGACCAUCCGGCCAUCAAAGCCAUCAGCUUUGUGGGAUCCAACCAAGCUGGAGAGUAUAUCUACGAGCGCGGCUCCAAGAACGGAAAGCGGGUCCAGUCCAACAUGGGUGCCAAGAACCACGGUGUGGUGAUGCCUGACGCCAACAAAGAGAACACCAUCAACCAGCUGGUGGGGGCCGCUUUCGGAGCAGCCGGCCAGCGAUGCAUGGCUCUCUCCACUGCCAUCUUCGUCGGGGAGUCUCGUGACUGGCUCCCCGAGCUGGUGGAGCGCUCCAGAUCGCUGCGAGUAAACGCAGGCGACCAGCCCGGGGCUGACGUGGGGCCCCUGAUCUCCCCUGAAGCCAGGGCCAAGGUGGAGUAUUUGAUCCAGAGCGGCGUGGACGAAGGCGCGAAGCUGCUGCUGGACGGGAGGAAUGUUCACGUCAAAGGAUACGAGAACGGAAACUUUGUCGGACCCACCAUCCUGAGCGACGUAAAGCCGGACAUGAAAUGCUACAAGGAGGAGAUCUUUGGGCCUGUGCUCAUAAUCCUGGAAGCCGACAGCUUGGACGAAGCCAUAUCUCUGAUCAACAGAAACCCUUAUGGCAACGGCACAGCCAUCUUUACCACCAACGGAGCCACAGCGCGCAAAUACACACACGAGGUGGAUGUGGGCCAGGUUGGGGUGAACGUACCGAUUCCCGUCCCUCUGCCCAUGUUCUCCUUCACCGGCUCCAGAGGUUCCUUCAGAGGAGACACCAACUUCUACGGGAAGCAGGGCAUUCAGUUCUUCACCCAGAUCAAGACUGUGACGUCUCAGUGGAAGGCAGAGGACGCCACCGUAACGAGCCCGGCCGUCACCAUGCCCACCAUGGGACGCUAAGCUAAAGAGACAGUUUAUACCUCACUGACUUCCUACCUGCCUUAACAAGAAGACUGAGUGGAGUUCAGGAAGCAAUUAUCUGUUACUUUAUUUUACUGUUUGGGAAAAUAACACUUUUUUUUUUAAUGCAGAAUAUUUUAACUCACAAAUUACAGCUAUUUUUUUCCUCGCAUAUGGUGCACCUACGCACAGGUGUUGGUUAUAUUCCUCACCUGUUUUCUUGCUCGUCCUGAACAAACCUCAGUUAGUCAAGGCCAGUGGGUUUUAUUAUGGCACAAGGAGAGAAACUCUGGUUUUCUGCUGCAGAACAAGAAUCUUUGUGCAGGUUUAUGAACAAAUAGUUUCAUUCAUCUGAUUUUUAAAUGAAAAAAAAGCUGUUACAGUAAAACUAAAAGAAAAUAUUUUUCUUUUUUUUUUGUUUUUUACUGUAAGUGCACUAAAUAGUGUCUUGUGCUGCGGGUUGGAUUUGCAUUUCUGUCAGAUUCAGUUUGUAGCCUUACUGGUGUUACGGUUAGACUGGACUCUACUGCAUCUCCUGAACUUCAACCAUAAAAAUCUGAAUCAUCCAGCAUGAUAAAACAUCUGAGAUGAAACUGUUAUUAAUCAUGUUCCAGUUUUUGAAAUCCCCUUUGAGUUUGUGAGAGCAAACUGUGAUGACGCUGUGAGCUAUUGUAAUAAAAACAAGUCAUUUGA